AUGGGAAGAGAAAUACGGCAACGCAUUAAAACACUCAUCAGUUUGUUCAAUGGAGAAAUUGUGAAUGAUUUGAAUGACACUUGUGAAUUGUUGAUCAUGCCCUCGGUCGUUGUGACAACCAAGGUCGUAUGCGCUCUUUUGGCUCAGGUUCCAAUAGUCACUCCGACCUAUAUGGAGAAAUUUCUUGAGGCGUCCUCACGCAUCCCUUUCGUGCGUCCAAACGAGAGAGAAUUUCUGCCGAACAUCAAAGAGGACCGUCUCACUUGUGCAGAUUCUUUCCGUUUCUACCCGGAUCAUAAGCGCACCACGCUUUUCGUUUCCAAAGUCUUUUACACCCUUAAUCAUGAACAAUUCUCCCAACUACAAAAUAUGGUGCACCUUGGUGGUGGUGAAAUCCGGCUUCUGAACAGCAUGGAAUCUGCCACGAUAAUUUGCAAACAAAUCUUUCCCACAGCACCGCCAGGUUCAAACGAUGAAAUUCUUCGUUUAUUGCUUGCUCAACCAUGCGCUUGUUUGAUCCAUGCAAAACCCAAUCGCGAAUCACGAGACUGGCAGCGUGUGGUAUAUUGUGCACUGAAAGCAGUCCAGCGCCGACCGAUUCUUGAAUCUGAGUUGGGAUUCGCAGUGAUCUACGUGUCAACAGAGUCGUAUUGCAAUCCAGAUAAAAAAUGUCCCGACAAACUGUACCAGGAAGCCAGUAUUUCUCAGGCAUUUUCAAUUAAUCCAUUUCAUCUGGACUCUCAGCCGGAUGACAGGAUAUUAAAAGAGCAGCAAAGUCGUGGACCGUCGUUGAAGAGAGCUACGAGACAAGUAUCUGUUCAGAAACUGUGGCUUCAACAAAGUGAUGAGGCGUCCCACCUUGCCAUAAAUAAACUCAGUGAAUUGCAGGAAGAACCUGGGCGAUGUGACAAUCAGGAGCCCCAAAGAGAACGUCCCCGACCAAUUACGAAUAUCAUGCCUCCUGUACCAAUCGUCCAACCGAAACGAAAUCCCAUGUGUUUGGUCCCGGAUACUGAAGCUUUAAACUCGAGUUUAUCUCCUGCCAACCGUACUCCAUCCACUGACCAGGUUAUUCAAGUGUUCAAACGGCCAACUUCAUUUUUCAAUCAAUCUUCGGCGGAUACUAUACAUCUGGUCACUAGUGAAUCACCGACAUUAACUCCGAAAGAAAAACCCACAAGUAGUGCCCCAACCCGUGAAACCACCGCUUUCAUCCACAAUACUCGAGUGGAUCUGGUUGCCGAGGAUGAUUUACUUGCUGCAUUGGAUAGCAUGCCUGCGUUAGCGUCUAUCGUGCCUCAUAAAUGUUCUCCAUCAACAUCCGAGAAAUCGGACAUGGAGAUCGGUUUUCGCAUUAUUGACACGAAUCUGUGCCGAUCGCCGCCGAGAGCUUUAUCGGGCAUGGGUUCACUCCUACCGGUGACUGCCGAGCAUUCCGAUUCCAAAUGUACAUUUGCGACUAAUUCCGCGGAACCUACAUUGAAUCACGCCAACCCCGUGGUUCCUUCACCUAAAAUAAAACCGUCCGAAACUGGGAAUUGCAUGGAAAGCCAGUUGGUUAUCUGGUCUUCCAAAAAAAGUACUCCUAUGGAGCCAGUUAAUAAAGUGAGUGAUUCUUGUGCCACACUUUCGCAGUAUCGCGGAUCAUUAGAAAGAUACGUCCUCACACAAAAAUUGUGA